AUGAAUUCUCUGACUGUUUGUCCACAUUUGCCAAGGAAUGACUUUAGGGUCUCUCUAGUACUAGCAUGUACAGAACCUCGAAGGAUUAGACUGUACAGUCGAGGGAUGGUCCAAUCAAUUUUCUGGUCUUGUGAGGAGUUCAGUACCUCAGCAGUGGAUGUCUCAUCUAAUCUCUCAGCCCAACCCUCCCCACGGCUCUUGAUUCUCGAUGGGUUUGGCCCUAGAUAUACUAUAGAGCCCGAAGGUGCAGCCUCCAAAUUAGGACAAUAUAUGAGGGAUUUGGGAUUCAAUGAGGUAGUGUUGGUGGAGGAGCCCCUUGACCGGAAAAAUAGCCUGAGUUUUCAUAUAUAUCGAGGCCCGCCUCCUCCAUCUUUAUUCAAGCACUGGACCGAGAGUUUUUCUCAGGGGCUCGAACAAGAAGCAGCCAUUCUCCCUUUCAUCGAUGGGUCGUACAACAAACUUGGCUCAGGUAUCCUUCAAAAUGACAAGCUUUUUGCAGAAGAUGGAGAUAUAUAUUAUGAUGUAAAGGUCAUGGAGAAGAAUAUCAACAAUCUCCGACUUGUGUGUCGGACCUGGGCGGCUAUAUUAGCAAAUUCUCGUAAUCGAUGCGUAAUGACCAACCUCAACACCUUCAACCUCCCCGGGAAAAGCACUUUCAGUUACCCUCCCCUUGACACUGGUGCACCUUCCGAAAUCCCUUGGUGGAGGGAUUUUGACAACGAGCAACUGAAAGAAAUACUAGCCAAUGUUCGAAUCUUGGUCAUUCGGCAUUUGAGCAUUGACCUGAAGCGCUUCCUGGAUCUGAUGCCAGGAUUGAGGGCUUUUAGUCUGUCUAUGAAUUCAAGAUUUGGAAUCAUUUCCAUGCCCUCCACAUAUAUAUCUCAUCAUCCUCACCUUACGCACUUAUCGCUCUCGGACAUAAAAUGGAAGCAAUUUGCUGAAUACUUUAGUGUGAAGGGACCAAGAUUUCUCUCACUCCGAUAUCUGGAUAUAAAUUUCACCAACUCUCCUCGAAACUCGAUCUCCUCACAAGAUGAGAGGGUUGAUUGGUCCAUCUCUCAAUUAGACAGUUUAAUCUUUAGAGGCUCUGUCGAAGAGAAUACCAGAGAGGAUUUCAAGUCAUUUAUUGGCAAAUGCGGACAAACGGUUACGGAAUUCAUUGACUUUGGCCCUUAUCGAGAAUUUCACGAGCCGUCCUCAAUACCAUUUCAGGAUCAUUUCCCUUACCUUUCUACCUACGGCACAUGCUUUUCAUUCUUAAUUGAAGGGGAUUUGACUACCCCAGGAAAGGAGUCAUCAUUUAAUCCUGGAAACCGGCAUCGGCUCCUGAUUCUCGAAGGGUUUUGCCCGAGAGAUUCGCUAGGGCCCGAAGAAGCUGCCUCUAGAUUAAGAGCGUAUAUGAGAGCUUUGGGAUUCAACGAGGUACUGUUGGUGGAGGAUGCUCUGGACAGACAAAACGCCCUUAGCUUUGCAAUAUUUGAUGACCCACCUUCUCCAGCCUUAGUCGAGCUUUGGGCCGAUACGAUAGAUCUGUUUCGUGGUUCACAAUUCAAAGGCAAGGGGAUCGAUAGGCGGGUGCCCAAGACCCUCAUAAACAUUUCAAAUAUGACCGAAUCUGCAGUUCAGCGUACUCCUAUUGAGGUUUGGACCUUGAUUUUACAUCAUGCAAUCGCGACCCCACUUCUCCCUUUUGUCGAUGAGGCACAUAAACACCUUAGCACUAGCGUUAUUCGAACAAUUGAUCUCUUUUGCUGGUCUGAAUCUUGCGACGUGUAUAAAAAAUGUCGAGAUAUGGAAAAUGCCAUCAAGUCACUGCGACUUUCGAACUUUGGAGCCCAUGUUCCGCCUAGUUUUCAGUCAAUUGAAUGGCAAGCGGGGAGAAUUAGUGGAGCUGUUUCUCUCAAAAAAAACCAACCGUAUUUUCAAUUGAGAACUGUCCAUGCCGACUCAGUGUUUAGCCGGUUUUCAUUCCCAACAACUCGUCAAUGUGCGCUGUGUGAAUAUGGCCAGUGCGGCUGUGAUUUGCUCAGCUGUCUCGAUCCUGAAGAUAUUCAAGACUGCAUACUCUCGUAUGUCUCCCCUUCAUCACAUGGCGAAAUGGGCUGGGAGUGGUGGAAAGAUUUAAAAGACGAAAGGAUAGGUGAAUUUAUGAGUCAAGUUCGAAUUUUCAGUUACCCCAACCACUACUUUCAUCGAAAAGAAAUGUUUGAUCUCAUGCCCCGCCUGCAAGCACUCUGCCUAGGGUUAUCCAACUCAUAUCGUCCUCUCGCCACUCUCCUUUCCAUUUUGUCGGGCCAAUCGCGCUUAACGCACCUCGCGCUCCAUUCAAUUUACUGGAACGACUUUGCUACCUACUUCUCCGAAGGGCACUGCAUGAGGGAGUAUGUCGACAACUCCACCUACCUCGAUACACAGAGAAACAAAUUGGUACCCUGUGGUGGGAUACCACCAGACCACUAUUUCCCCAACCUAUCUCUGUACGGUACACUUUUGGAGGCCGUCAUCUCGAAACUCGAGACUCAUCACCGGAGUCAAAUAGCAACACCGUUUGGCCCACCACUCAGGUCACGUACUUUACUACUCAGGGAUUCAACUUACCUACCUGCACAUGAUCCUGAGGAAUCGGCACUUCAGCUCAUAGUCUACGUGAACGAGUGGAACUUCGCAGAGGUUAUAUUCGAGAGGAGAUGGACCUGGCUCCUAACGAGACUUUACUUUGAUAAGUCAGCAGAGGUUCUUGAAGCGGAUGCCAGAUGGUUCAAAACAUUUUUUGGUACAUUAUUGAAAGAAGGUUUGGUUCCAUUGGACAGAGAUUUCAUUUCGAUCAGCGAUGAACGUUAUAGAAUGCUCUGGGAGUAG